CCUGUGAAACUCUGCACCUAUAGCUGAUACACACCUCAUUUGCCUCACAUCAUGGGUGGCAGCAGGAAGAACUUUUUGGUUAUGUGUACAUCCAGCACAUCUGUAUUAUUGGCCUUUUUCUUGUUUUCCUGGGGGCCUUUCUGUACACAAAGUAGCCCUAUCGGCUCCCCCGAGAAACUCCGCACCGCUCCAGGGUUGGAUGACGGACAUGGAGGGGUUCUGGAUCCUUUACUCCUGGAGCAGGACAGUGAGAUGGACAUGCAGAGCUUGCUGGAGACCCUGAAAGGACAGUUUCUACGCACUUUUAACCUGACACAACCCAGCCCCCCUGUGCAGCCAGGGGCCACUAGAGUAGAUCCCCCUGAAUACAUGCUGGAGCUCUAUAACCGCUUUGCCAGUGACCGGACAGCAAUGCCUUCUGCAAACAUUGUACGCAGCUUUAAAAAUGAAGACUUUUCCCCAUGUAAUGUGGGACCUGGUGGGGUGAGGCGACACCCUCUUAUCUUCAACGUGUCUAUCCCACAUCACGAGAGAGUUGCCGCAGCUGAGCUCCGACUGUACACUUUGGUCCAGACUGACCGCAACAAAUACACUGGUGUUGACAGAAAAGUUACCAUAUAUGAAGUCAAACUUCUUGAAAUGAACCGCAGUCAGCAAAUAGGAGAGGACAUUAUUGAGGGAGGAAAUCAAACCAAGCAAGAGGAAGAAACAGAACUAGUGGAGUUGGCGUCUCGACAGGUUUACGGUACAGAUAGUGGGUGGGAAUCCUUUGACAUGACCUCUGCUGUGCAACUUUGGUGGAAAUCAGACUAUGGCACCACCCACAGGCUGGAGGUCCACAUAGCCAGUCUGAACUCCCAGAGUUUGACAUCAACUGAAGGUAAGGAUGAAGGCAACACCAGAGGAGGGGAAAUGGACAUUGACACUAGCCCUGAGGACAAACACAAACCCUUAAUGAUCGUCUUUUCUGAUGACCAGAGCAGAGACCACCGUGGAGACAAACGAGAGUUGAAUGAACUGAUCCAGCAUGAGACCACUGGGCCGGGUGUUCAAAACAACCUUGAGCUAGAACUGAACGGUCUCUGGGAUGACCUGGAACUUAUGGGACAAAAAGAUGGGAGUGAGAAAGAGGAGCAGAGUGAGGAAGCUCUCCUACAGAUGCGCUCCAACUUCAUCUAUGACACGGCGUCUAGAUUCCGACGCAAUGCCAAGGGCAACCAGUGUAAAAAGACCUCCCUUUAUGUGGACUUCAAAGACAUCGGCUGGGACAGUUGGAUCCUAGCUCCCUCCGGUUAUGAAGCCUUUGAGUGUACGGGGACGUGCAUGUACCCCUUGACCAAUCACGUUACACCUACAAAACAUGCCAUUGUGCAAACAUUGGUCAGUCUGAAAAGUCCACAAAGAGUGUCCAAGGCUUGUUGCGUACCCACUGAACUAGAUCCCAUCUCCCUGCUCUACCUAGAUGAUGCAGGUGUGGUGACAUAUCAGUAUAAAUAUGAAGGUAUGGUGGUAGCUAAGUGUGGAUGCAGAUAGUAUUUAAUGGACUUGGUGGAGUGGGGUGAAGCUGGGCCAAAAGCUUAGCGAUUGAAUUGGAAGGAAGCUAAAAGACAGUUAUUGUCUAUUGCCUUCAUACCAAGUUUCUUCCAAAUGGCAGUGGAUAAGCUCUUACUCCCAACCUUAACAGCGUUAGCAGGAGUCAUGAAAUCAGUGGAAUCUGCCAAUUCUGGACCCAUGUGACGAGGGGCCACAAUACAAGAUUUAGUGGGAAUGGUGACCAUUUCAUUCCUGCUGAAUAAGGAUUGGGUGGAACAUAAGACAAUAAUUGAACCACUUGACAUGCCUCAAGAUCAGCCGGGAUAAAUGAGCUGUUCUUAUCAGUAAAGACUGAAGUUUAAGUUAGAGAUUAUAUCAACUCCAGCUUGUUACAUUCUUGGCCAUAUCGUUUGCGUCAGCAAAGCCCUCGCUAAGUGGGCAUUUCAUAGUAAUGGCAGCGAACUCAAGCACCACAAGGUCAGUCGAGUGACACUACCAGAGACAAGAAGCAUGUGAAAUGGCCUAUUACGGCAAUGGGUCUCAUUCAUUACUCAUGCAUUGCAUACACACAGAUUUUUGAGCAUUUGGGUUUCUCUGUAGAAAAACAGAAACCUGUAUAUACAGCU